AUGGCGCGCCCUACAGCUCGUCGUCGACCGCGCGACGAGUCUGAAGACGGAGCCGAAAGCGACGACCCGCGCUACGGCGCAUCAUCCCAAGCUUCCGACACGCCCAAGCGACGCCGCGUCGAGCCCGAGUCAGACGAUGACGACGACGACACCAGCAAUGCUUCUCCCGUUGCCGCUCCUGCCUCUGCGCGACGCGUCAACGGGGCCGCAAACAACGGCGUCGUAAAUGGAGACACCAUGAAGGACUUCCACCCUGGCUCCAUCGUGCGCGUCAAGGUCCAGAACUUCGUAACAUACGAAGAGGCAGAGUUCUUCCCGGGGCCUAACCUGAACAUGGUCAUCGGUCCAAAUGGCACCGGCAAGAGCUCGUUGGUCUGCGCCAUAUGUCUGGGUCUCGGAUACGGACCAAAGCACUUAGGGCGAGCCGGCUCGGUCAAGGAGUUCGUCAAGCACGGCAAGGACACGGCCACCAUCGAGAUCGAGUUGCAGAAGAAGCCAAAGGAUCGGUCCAACUACGUCAUCCGAGUCCAGAUCCGCCGCGAACAAAAUAGCCAGAAGUGGUGGCUGAAUGGCAAGGAGACGACACACAAGGCCAUCCAGGCACUCAUGCAGUCGCUCAAGAUCCAGGUGGACAACCUCUGCCAGUUCCUGCCGCAGGACAGGGUGGUCGAGUUCGCCGCCUGCACCCCGGUUGACCUGCUCCGUGAGACGCUGCGUGCUGCGGCGCCUGAGGAGAUGCUGGAAUGGCAGGCGCAGCUUCGGAAACUCCACAAGGACAAGAAGGACCUCGCCGAAACGGUCCACGCGGACAAUGAAUCCCUCCGGAACCUCGAGAACCGACAACAGGGGUUGCAAGCAGACGUGGAUAGGAUCCGGGAACGCCAAGAAAUCCAGGAGCGAGUCAGCAACCUCCAGUCUGCCCUCGUCUUCUCCAAAUACACCGAGGCUCGGACGAGAUACUCGCAAGCCCGGGAGCGGAAGAAGGGGGCCGAGCGUGCUCUGCGGCGUCUGGAACAGGAAUGCGGACCCUCCCUCGAGGCGGUCAACGCAAAGCAGGAAUACGCGCAGCUCAUCGAGAACGCGAUACCCGGCAAGGAGAGGGCGCUAAAGGAUGCCGAACACGCUGCUCAGAGCAUGGCCCGUGAGGUGGCCUCGGCGGCUGAAGAUGUCUAUGAGAUGAAUAACAGGCUCGAGGCCGAGCGCAAGGGCUUCGACUCCAAGAAGAGGGACCUCGCCAAUUCCAAGACGAAGCUUACGGCCUACCAGGCGGACCUCAGGAACCGGCCAUCGGAGUUCAACGCCGCCGACUGGAACCAGAAGAUUCGUGCCGAAGAGCAUUCGUUGCGUGAGCUUGACGCAGAAUAUAGGCAGCUGUCAGCACAGAUGGGCGACGUCAGAGACAAGGGCAAGGUCAUCGUCAGCGAGAUGCGCAGAAUACAAGAGAACAUCGAGGGGCUCGACACCCAAGAAGGCCAACAACUCAAUUUCAUGAGGAAGCACUUUCCGGAAAUCGCCCAGGGAUGGGAGUGGGUCCAACAGCAUCAAGACGGCUUUGAGAAAGAGGUCUUUGGCCCCCCGAUGAUAAGUUGCUCGAUUAAAGACGAGCGUUACUCGGACCAGGUGCAGUCGCUUCUUCAGCCGGACGACUUCAUGUGCUUCACCGCCCAGACCAAAGGCGAUUACAAGAAGCUGACCGACCAGCUCUACCGAGUCAUGAGCCUGUCUGUUGUCAUUCGAACCUGCGCAGCACCCCUGGAAUCGUUUAGGCCACCAGUAGACGCCAACGAGGCCAGGACCCUAGGACUUGAUGGGUUCGCCAUUGACUACCUCGAUGGCCCAGCACCCGUCCUGGCGAUGCUCUGUGCGGAGAAGAGAGUCCAUCAGUCUGGUGUUGCCCUCAAGGACCACAACGAUGCAGAAUACGAGAGACUGAUCCACAGCGGCAAGGUUAACAACUGGGCCGCCGGCAAGCACUCGUACAUGGUGCGACGGCGCAGAGAGUACGGCCCACAGGCCAUGACGACAGUCAGCAAGAACAUACAGCCGGGCAGAUUUUGGACAUCACAGCCUAUUGAUGCGCAAGAGAAAGCGGAGCUCAACCGACAGCUCACUGAGAAGAGGGGCGAGAGGGAUAUUCUGAAGACGGAGCAUAAUGAACUCAAGACGAAGCAAAGCGCCAUCGACGAACAGAAAGACGACAUCAACAACAAGAUUACGACGUUGAAGAACGAAAAGAGCGCUUUGCAGCGUGAGUACCAAAAGUGGCAGUCAUUGCCAGAGAAGAUAGAGUCGGAAGAACGCGUCAAAGCAUCGCACGAGAAAGCCAUGCGCGACGCAAGAAAGAGCAUACAGGACCUCCAGUACGACUGGGACAAGGCGGCACUGAAGAGGGCCAAGUUGGUCGUCCGGCAAAAGGCUCUCAUCGACAAGAUCCGUGAAGCGCACCACGCCCUGCUGGAGGCCAAGAUCCGGCUCAUCGAAGCGCGAUCCGACAUUCUUGGCCUCAAGUACCGUAAUGCGGGCCUCAUGACGCGCCUCGAAGUGGAGAAACAGAACGUAGUGACUGCCGCGGAAGAGGCCAACAUCGCCAGGGACCAGGGCCGGCGUCUCGGCGAAGAGGUCCAGGAGGUCUGCGCCCGGGACGAGGCCAAGAAGGAGCUCUUCACCCAGCUGUCCGCCGGUAAGGAGCCUCCGGAGCUGGAGAUGGAAAUCUCGGCCGAGGAGGCCAAGCUCGAGCUCAUCCACGCCGCCAACCCCAACGUGCUCCGCGAGUUCGAGCGCCGGGCCCAGGAAAUUGCUAAGCUCAAGGACAAGAUGGAGGGCUUCAACGAGCGCCUCGACUCGCUCAACGGCAAGCUCGACGAGCUGAUGGGCAAGUGGGAGCCCAAGCUGGAGGAGCUCGUGUCGCAGAUCAACGACGCGUUUGCCUACAACUUUGAGCAGAUUAGCUGCGCGGGCGAGGUGCGCGUCCACAAGGACGAGGACUUUGACCUGUGGGCCCUCGACAUCAUGGUUCGCUUCCGCGAAAACGAGACGCUCCAGCAGCUCAACGCCCACCGGCAGUCGGGCGGCGAGCGCGCCGUCUCGACCAUCUUCUACCUCAUGGCGCUGCAGUCAAUGGCGCAGUCGCCCUUCCGCGUCGUCGACGAGAUCAACCAGGGCAUGGACCCGCGCAACGAGCGCAUGGUGCACGAGCGCAUGGUGGAGAUUGCCUGCCGCGAGCACACGUCGCAGUACUUCCUCAUCACGCCCAAGCUGCUCACCGGCCUGCGCUACGACCCCAAGAUGCGCGUCCUCUGCAUCGCCAGCGGCGAGUACAUGCCCAAGCAGGGCAGGAAGCUCGACUUUGGCCGCUGCCUUGCCGUGCAGCGCAGGUUGAUGGCUGCGUCGUGA